GCCUUGUCCUUCUUCGUUCAUGCUCAAUCGCGUUCGAUCGCUUGCUCUGUAAACAUCUUCAGGACAAUACCACGUGCGAGACUCCUAACCUCUCGUUUCACAGUGUUAUAUUUUCCGUUCGAUAAAGUGUAACCGUGUAAUAUUAACCGUGAAAUAAAAUUACAUUUUUAAAUUGUGUCCGCUAAAAUGGUGAGCCCGACGUGACGUCAACAGACCGUCCACAACACGAACGCGACCAGAAUUCGUAAGCCCUCUUCUAGGAUGGUCAUUCAACAACACGCAUAACCCUUUUCGAUUACUACGAUACGACGAACCGGAAGCCUUGUCACACGAUUAGGGAUUCAAUGACAACACGCGGCAUAAUCUUCAUGGCCAUGCAAAGUGUACAACUAUGUCGUGGCUCGAGCAGUACGCGUCUCGUUUCGGUUAAACAAUACUACGGUUGCAACUACGUCUGAAUUUAUUUACGAAGACGACGACAACGACGCAACGCGAUAAGAUAGACACCGAAACAACUCCGUUAGGGUAUACUGCCCGCACUCGCCACUAGAGGGACAUGAAAUGAUACCUAGCCCGACGUUUUCUUGCAAGUCCUCGUGGAACUACCUAUUUCUACAUACAGGACGCGUUACACCGUUCGAACCUUCGUCCUCGAAAACCGCUUACAUCAUCUGCAUAGCUCGGAAAUUCCUUGGAAGGAUUACUCGAGAAACAUAGGCCACGUCACAUCAGUUUCCAGGACGCGUCUAGGAGCCAUUUUGUAGAAACUUCAGUAGUGGUGGUAGCGGUAGCAGUAGUAGAAGGUAGAGGAGACCAAGGAUCUGUGCUAGGUGAAGAUGUAACCGUCACGGGUGAUGAAGGGGGUGCUCGCCACGGAUCAAUUGCAGCAGCUGAAACAGAAUCAUAAAUUAAUUACGGAGUCCAUGGAUCGAUUGCAGGCGAGGUACUACUCGUUGUAGGAGCACUCCAUGGAUCGUUUUGUUGCUGAACAAUAAAACAACAUGCGUGUUUGCAAGGAACGAAUUUUUGCUCCACCGUCAUCGUUCGUUGAAUAGCGAAUUGUUUAGAAAUGGUAGAAUAGGUUUAAUGGUUAUCUCUUUGUUGUUUGAAGUCGAACAGGGUACAGAAAAUCUGUUUAUUGCUGUAUAAUGUUAUCAUCCUCCUGUGGAUGAUGAUCUAUCUGAAUGAAGUAAAAUACAAGAAGUAAACGUCAGCAUUGUAAUACAACCACUAUUGUAUUUAUCACUUGAAUGUGGUUAGUGCAUUAUUUUAUAAAUAUUUACUUUUAAGAAGGAUUGCUUUUCAAAAGCAAAUCACUGGAAAAUGAGUGUAAGACUUUUGAAAGACCCUGCUACUGUAAGUAGCCGUAUAUUUGUGGGUCAUUUACAAACAGAUGACAUGACCAAACAUGAAUUGGAAGAACACUUUUCAAAAUAUGGAACUGUAGUUGGUUCAUUGAUAAAUAGAGGUUUUGGCUUUGUUCAGUUUGAAGAAGAACAGUCUGCUCAAAAAGCUAUUCAAAAUGAGGAUGGUGCUAUGUUCAAAGGCAGAAGAAUAGAUGUUAGACCUGCAAAGAAAGACAAUCAAUCCAGUGGAGGAGGUGGGGGUGCAGGAAAAUUAGGAGGACCUAACAAUCAGUUUAAUUCUAAUAACAAUCAUUUCAAUCCUGGCAAUGAUUCUUUUAAUAGUGGAAAUCAAAGCUAUGGUGGAAAUUCAAAUUUUAAUCCAAAUCAAAGUUUUAACUGUGAUCCACAGUUAAAUGAUAGUCAAAAAGGGAAUGCAAUACAAAAUCGAAGCGGUGGAAAUGAUCAGUUUAAUGAUAGUAAUCAGAAUAGGGACAAUGCAAAUGAUCAGUUUGCAAAUCAAAAUCGAAACAGUGGGAAUGAUCAGUUUAAUAUGAUGCAAAAUAAAGGGAAUAAUCAGUUUAAUCCAAGUAAUCAGAACAGGAGUGGCACUGAUCAGUUUCCUCAAAAUAGAGGUGGCAAUCAAUUUGGACCAGUUGGAAAUCAGAAUAGACCUGGAGGAAAUCAAAAUCGUAAUGCAAAUAAUCAGAAUAAUCACAGUCAAAGUGGAGGUGGUGGUGGUAUGAAUAGCGGCGGAGGUGGUAGAGCAAGAGGCAGGGGUGCGAAAAAUCGCAAUAAAAAUCGGGACAAUUCAGUUGGAAAUAAUUUUAGAGACCGUAGUCCUAUUAAUAGAGGCGGUCGUUUAGAUGAUAAAGGCGGUCGGGAUUGGGAUCACAAACAGGGUGAUAGAUUGAGAGGGAAUAAUUUUGGUAGAGAUUCGUUUAAUGACACUAAUAAUCGUUAUGAAGAUUUCAAGAAUUCUGGUCCUAGGGAUAUGAGUAUGAGUUUUAACAACACAAACGCAUCAAAUGUGGUGACUGAAAAAAAUGAUUGUGAAAUUAUUGUUGUCAACAAAGCACUGACGGAGUAUGCUGAAAGUAUUGAAAUGAGGUUGAAGAAAAUCGGAUUAACGGUCGAUUUAUUAUUCCCAAAUGAAGAUGUUCUUUUAAGUAGAGUUCUAGGAAACAUAGCGAGUCGUGGAUGUUUAUAUGCAGUUGUUGUUACACCUAUCAAUCAAGAACAUCAUUCCUUAACUUUAAAUAUUCUUCAUGGUUUACCCCAAGAACAUAGAAAUAUGCUCGUCGAUGAUGCUAUUAAUUUAAUAUCACGUGAUUUUGCUAAUUACAAAGCUGGCGGACGAUCAGUUCCAUUGAACACACCGUUCGCAAAUGAGCGACAUCCUGAUGCUAUUCAAGUUCUCUUAAAUAUGUUAGCUGAUAAUCAUCAACUAACAGUAUUACAAUACGAUCGUGUUAUAAAAUAUCUUGAAAUCAAACGGGAAGAACAAGUGCAGGUUGAAUUAGGAGAUGUAAAAGAUUUACCUACAGCGACAACUACAAUAACAGUUAGCGACCCAAAACAAGCUGAAUUGCAGUCUAGAAUACUUAACAUUCUAAAUAGUAAUAAGACAAGUUCAUCUGCACCGACACCUAGUCCGGUACCAGCUCCGACAUCGACACCGGCACCUGUUCCACCAGCUACUUGGGGAGCAGCAUCAACUGCCACAACAGCAUCCACAACUACUACUACUACUACGGGAGUUUCACCGUCACCUCUGCUAAACGAUCCGACAGUUCAAAAGGCACUUGACAGUCUGUUGCAAGGCAAUUUGCUGAAAAGCAUCGGCGAUCAGCAACCGGCUACAACCACGACACCUCUGUUUGCUGCUUUUUCAAAUAUCGGGCGAUUUUAAUUCGUUUGUCAUUAUUUAUUAUAUAAUGAAAAUCGGAGAUGCAUGAUUCUCCUUUAUUUUUCUCGCAUUCGUACUCGUCUAAUAAAGAAUGAGAUGAAUAUUUUCCAAGGAUAUUCAGUAAAAACGGAUAUUGCUAACAGAAUUGAACAAUACAUGAUUCCGAUAUUUCUGACUAAUAAAGUGUUAGCAUGUUUUUUCUAUGUAUUAAAAAUAUUCACUUUUAAACAUGGAAUUCAUCAAGAUUUAUAAGUUCUAUAGAUUUUGUUUGUAUGAUUUAGCAAGGAUAUGUAUAAUGAUAUAUCUGUUUAUAUAUAUACAUAUUUCUUUAUCAUUUCGUUCGUUGGAUAAAAAUAUUUUAGCUUAGUAUACUUAAUGUAGCAUUAUAAAUGGAGGAGAUUUAGAAGAUCGGUAAUGUCUAAUCAAUUUCGAGUGUGUUUUCUAUAUUUCUUUUAUUUUUCUUUGCUUUUAUUGCUAUAGAAUUAAAAGAGAUUUUAAAGUAUAUUAUUACUUUAUCGAGAUCUAUCUAGUUUAUUGUGAUAAAUAUUUCAAUACGUAACAUAUUGACUUAGAGAUCAGUAAUUUAAUUAUAUAAUUCCAUUGUUUAUUGCAAUCGUAUACGAAUCUUUGAUUAAUUUGUAGACUUUAUUAAAUUGUGAUUUCAAUAAAUUGCUACGAUUGCUUUGAUCGCUUUUACAGUUUUUAUUAGUCUCAUUAAAUGAUCAUCUUGUGACAUAUGCUUCUAUCUUUAAUUUAGAUUAGUAAAAAUGAUUUGGUCGAACUUAUAAGUCUUAUAUACUUUGUCUAAUAUAAAAAUAUACUAUGGAUAUGGAUAUAAAGCAUUUCAUUUUUACAACACAUUAUGUAAGGUAUAUAAAAUAUUCGUUUUCUUAUUGCAUUAUUGAGGUUGCACUUAUUAAGUUGAAAUGUUUUCUUUUCUAAGUAAAGUAGGCAUUAAAAAGUUUAUUUUCUAUGUUACAUGUUUUUUAAAUUUACAUUAUUACAUGAAUUUCAAUUUGUUUGAACAAUUAUAUAAGUAUAACCCAUGGAAAAAGCUAUACACACGUUUUUAGGAAUUAGCUAAAUAUCAUGUAUAACUUAAAUAAAAUGUUUUUAGGAAUA